AUGUUCUCUCGUGCCGUUCGCCCGGCAGUGCGCGCUGGCAGCGCCGCUGUCACUCGUGCUGCACCUCCCAAUGCCGCCAACUUCGCGACUCUGCGUGAGAUCGAGGGCCGUUUGAAGUCCAUUAAGAAUAUCCAGAAGAUCACCAACACCAUGAAGAUCGUUGCUUCCACCCGUCUCACUCGUGCCCAGAAAGCCAUGGAUGAAUCUCGCAACUACGGUGAGAACUCCAACACCGUCUUCGAGAAGGCCGAGACCAAGCCUUUGGAGGACAAGAAGAUUCUGUACGUCGUGGCUAGCUCCGACAAGGGUCUCUGCGGUGGUAUUCACUCGACUCUGACCAAGGCCACCCGCCGCAUGGUUGCCGAGAACCCGGAUGCCGACAUUGUCGUUCUCGGUGACAAGGCUAAGGCUCAGCUGUCGCGUUUCAUGCCCGAGAAGAUCCAAUUGAGCUUCUCCAACGUUUGCAAGGAUCUUCCUACCUUCGCCGAUGCCCAGGCUGUUGCCGACCAGAUCUCUCUGCUCCCCACCGAUUACAGCAGCAUCCGCAUCAUUUACAACAAGUUCGUGAACGCUCAAACCUACGAGGCCACUUCCAUCGACGCGUUCUCUGAGGAGGCUAUUACCCAGUCUGCCAACAUCUCUGCCUUCGAGGUGGACGACGAGGCUUUUGCUAGUCUCCGCGAGUACGCUCUGGCCAACAACAUCUUCUGGGCUAUGGCUGAGGGCCACGCUUGUGAGAUUUCCGCUCGUCGCAACGCCAUGGAGAACGCCUCCAAGAACGCUGGUGAGAUGAUCAACAAGUUCCAGAUCUUGUACAACCGACAGCGUCAAGCCGCCAUUACCGGUGAACUGGUUGAGAUCAUCACUGGUGCCACCGCUUCUGAAGACAUGUAG